AUGCCAACGAACACCAGCUUUCAUGACUUUCACAAAGGCGACAACGGCUAUACCCUUGGAGAGGACAACGCUCGCCCUCAGCGGACCGCGAUAGCUCCUGUCGGAAACCCCACAACUCGAACGCAAUUUACUAAAUUUGUCCAACGCUGGCUAUAUUUUGAAGUCUUAAGAGCCGUUUUAGGACAUCUCCACCAAUUCGAUCUGCUUCAUUUCAUCCGUCGAGACACUGAGCAGAAUUCGUAUAUAACUACCGAAAGGCUGCCCCGAUACCUGGAGGAUUGGCUGGACUUUGAGUCGUCAAAUCCGGCUGAGUCUGUGGCACGUCUUUUACAAGCUCAAUUGGUGCUCGACAGGGCGCGGCGUUAUGUCUUCGAGUAUUGCUCUGUGUCUGACGUGCACAGUCGACCUAUCUGGCCGAUAGACGACCACGUGGCGCUUUCCAUUAUGAUCCUCGGCGAGACUCUGACCAGCGCAUUGAUCAAGAUUCGGCGACAAAAGCACAUGAAUAUUCAUGGGUGGUCUGACAAUGAUUAUAGUAGCCAAGGUUGGGGCUACAGCCGGUUGGUUCUGCAAAAAAUGAGGGCGGAGCGCUGGUGCUUGAAGACCAUCACGAUGUUGCAAGGUGUACUGAGGAACAAUACUAUCGGGCUUUUGUACGCAUUGCAGAUACCUCCACAAGAGAAAGCUGAAAUAUCGCAUUUGCAAUGUACAGAAACCGAAUGCAAACCCGUUGCUAUCCCAAGCACACCAGGGUCGAACAUCGAUCUUCAGAAUCCCGAGCCUUUUCAUUGCAAGGAAUGUGAUCGCCGUACAUGUAAAGAGGUGCAAGUGAACUCGCGGGAGCUAAAUCGAAUCAUCAAGCAAGGCAAGAUCCCUCUCUUGCGGUAUCGACAUGAAGCUGGCAAGAUCGACCUUGUUGAGAUGAAUGCCUCUUGUAACAAAGAGUAUGUCAUAUUUUCUCAUGUUUGGGCUGAUGGAUAUGGAAACAAGAAUGCCAAUGCUAUGAAUAAGUGCGUCCUGGACAUGUUUCGCAACCUAUUCAAUGACAUCAAGAGCGAGAAUGUAAUCCAGCAGAGUCAUGGCAGGAUGGAAACACCUGAAAAUUUCUGGAUUGAUACACUAGCCAUCCCCGUCGAGACCGAGUUCGACGACCAGCGGAAGAAGGCGAUCAGGAAGAUGCAUGACAUAUAUACGAACGCUAAAUAUACCAUAGUGCUAGAUGCUGGCUUAAUGAGCGUUGAUAAAGGCGAAGGGUACAUCAAGCCAGCAAUGAGCAUCACACUCAGCAAAUGGAUGACCAGAUUGUGGACUUUGCAGGAGGCAGUGUUAAGCAAAAGCUUGUACUUCAACUUUUCCGACCAAGUUUACUCCAUGGAUAAGCUCGAGAAACUAUUCCAACAGGAAGACGCACCACUGCACUCUUGUCUUGCAUUUGUGUCUCGUGCAUACUAUCAUGGUAUUCUAGAGAAGGAAAGCCGCAGAAUGCAUGGACCUGAUUCAACGCCGGAGGACCGUAUAACAAAGCCGGCUUUCGUUGCCAAUGUCUGGAAAGCUGUACAAUGGAGGAGGACAGAGCACCGUCAACAUGAGACCCUGGCCCUCGCAACUCUCCUGAACGUCGAUACCGACAGUUUUGCCGACUCCAGCUAUAUCAAGAAGAAGAAAAUGAUAUAUGAUGGACCAGAACUCCAGAGGCGAAUGCAAAAGCUUGUCGAUUUACUCGCUGCUCGAAGCCCUUGCGCGAUUCCCGCAGGUAUUAUUUUUGUGCCAGGCCCAAGACUCGAGGAGAAAGGAUACGGGUGGGCCCCAAGGACCUGGCUGUCCAGUAAAGAGGUGGAACCACCGGAUCCUUUGGCACUUCAGGUCAAGAAAGCCAGGCUCAACGUACCCCAUGGCCUUGAAGUUUGGUUUCCUGGGUUUCGUCUACACAAUUUGAGAAACAAGCAAGACUUACUGAAUGAUCUUUCGGAGUUUCACUUUCCCGCCGAUCGCUGGCUCUCGCAAUGGUAUCGCGUCAUACCUGCAGAUGAAAAAGAGCCGCUGCCUCAUAGAUCACGAGACAGGUCCCGAGAACUCGCUAUUGUAGCACCCCAACUGCUGGCUUCCAAUCCGAAAGAAAUUGGCUUACUAGUCGCAAUUGCAAGAGAGCAAGAUGGCAUCUUGUUCGUUGAAAUUCUCCAUCGAAUAUACAUCAGCGUAGAAGGCGAUGCUGAGAAGAUCCGGGUAUGGCGGAACGAUUUCUUAGCAGAAGAUUUUGGCUCGCUAUCAUGUGGAGAGAGACUGUCUACAGAGCAGCAUUGGUGUAUCGAUGGUCAACAGGACAACCAGCCUCUGAAAUCAUUCAUAACGAACGGCAAUGGUGAACUUAUAAAACCCCUGUCGAACAAGAAUCGAAGCUUUACCGAAUCCUUUGGCCUGCGGGUUAGCAACACAUUCCAUUCAAUAACAAAACGGUAA